ACUUUUAGAUUAUUAUAAAAUUUUAUUUUUUUAGCAACAGACAAAAUGAAAUGCUGACUAAAAGUAAUGGACAUUCAUUAUUGAAUGAGAUAAUCUCUAAAUACCGGCUGUUGGCGUGAGGAAGUGUCAAAUUAAUGUUUACAAUUCAGGUGUGCCGGAGGUGGACGUUUAAAUACUUAUAAAAGUAAUUUGACAGUUCAUCAUCAAUAUGAAUUUUAAUGCCACGAAUGGUAUGGAAGAUAUGGAAGAUGUAUCAUUAUUUGAUGACAAAUUAUUAAAGGAGGUAGACUUUACACAAUGUAGCAGUACAUACAAUCCACCCAUCUCACCUACCGAUCCUGGGGAAGAUUUGUUAAUGAGAUCAUUAAGGUUGAGUGAUUAUGAUAAAGGAUUUAUGGUGCUUUUAAAACAGCUUACAGUGGUUGGGGAUGUCUCCAGAGAACAGUUUGAAGCAAGGUUUAAUAGUAUGUUAUCAUGUAAGAAUGGUUAUUACAUUGUUGUAAUCGAGGACAAGACGUGCAAUCUGGUUAUAGGUGCAGCUACUUUAGCAGUUGAACAAAAAUUUAUACAUGAAUGCUCAAGUAGAGGUAGGGUAGAGGAUGUUGUCGUAGAUAAGAAAUACAGAGGGAGACAGCUGGGCAAAUUAUUGUUGGAUUAUUUAACUUUACUAAGCAGACAUGUAGGAUGUUAUAAAGUCUCACUAGAAUGUAAAGAUCCUGUAGUGAAUUUUUACUCAAACUUCGGUUUUGUGAAAGAGGAGGGACAGAACUACAUGUGCAGGAGAUUCUGACGAAGAUACUGACUAGUGUAUGUUGUGAUAGUUUUAUAAAAUGUUUGUAGCAGUGGGAAUCACUGUUUUCCUUUCUUGUUGAUUACUGCAAUACAUUAUAUUAUGGGCAACAAACAAAAAAAAUCACCACCUAUUUGUAAGGUUUUAAACUUAUGUAUGAUAUAUUUGUUUCAUGAAUUUGUGGUAAAUUUUAAACAUAUCAAGUUAGAUUAUCAAGAAUGAAGAUUUAAAUGUGCAGGUAUUGCUGCUUGAAAAAAUUCAACACAGUAAUGCUCUUACUUUUAGAUAAAGAUAAAAGUCUGUGUACGGGGUUCUUUGAAGAAGUUGGAGGUUUCUUUUGUUGUUAAGUAUAAAUUGUAAGUUAUGACUUAUGUCAUCACUCAGUAGCUUGUGUCAAUCAUUUAUUUGUUAAUUAUUAUUACAUCACCUUUUGAUGUAAUUGACUUUUUUAUGCACCCAAUUUUUUUGGUGUAUUUUGUCUUGAGUCCUUCCAGCAAUUUAGUUUUGGGGGCAUUGUCUGAGGGUUGCUGAAGCUGGCUUGGCAUUUUAAUAUUAUAAAAAUAAUAUCUGGAAACAUCCACCUAUGUUAGCAAUAUUUUGUUUUUACUGCUUUCAUUAUCAAUUUACAAAUACAAAAUGUACAAUGUACCUGGAAAAACCUGAAGAGGAACAUGUUGGUGAAAUUUAUCUUGAAAUCUUUUAAUUUAUAAAAAUUUAUGCAAAGUUCUUCAUUACAUAUUCAAAUUUUGAUGUUUUAAUUCAUUUAUGACAGGAUUAAAAAGAGAUGUCUGUAUCUUGAUGUAGAUACAUGUUCUUUAUGUUAGCUUUCCUUUUAUUUUGAUGAGAAAUUUAAGCAAAAAAUUCUUGUUAGUUAAGAGUGCUUUUUUAUGUGGAGUAAAAAAUUUAGGGUUGCCAGUUAAAGAUUUGGUUGGUAAAAAAUCAUAAUAACAGAAACUACAUUUUUGUUAGUUUUGUAAGCUUUUGUAUGUUUUGUUGUACACACAUUUGAAUGUAAUCAUGUAGAUGUUUUAUUUUAAAUUGUUAACACUAUGUUAGUAUAGAUCUGUAAGAAUGGUGAUUGAGGUUUUUAAAACCUGUACUUGGCUGUAUUGUUUUUUACAACUUGUACAACAUUUUCAAUUUUGCCGUGUUUGGCUUUCUUUAGGGAUUCUGUUUUUCUGUAUUUUACAUACACUCACUUGUUAUUUGGUUAUGUAUGUUAUGAGGUAAUGAGCUUUAACUAUUAUACUAUCACAUGAUUAGAAUUGUGCAUAAUAUUGCUGUUACAGUCACUGUUUGUCAGACUGAAACUUGUUUAUUUUCUGUGAUUUUUAGCUCACCUGUCAAAAAGUGACAGGGUGAGCUUUUGUGAUGGCUUUUCGUCCGGCGUCUGUCCGGCGUCCAUAAACUUUUACUUUAAAUGAAAUCUCCUCAUAAACCACUGAGCCAAUUUCAUCCAAACUUCACGGGAAUGUUCCUUUGGUGGUCACCUUUAAAAAUUGUUCAAAGAAUUUAAUUCCAUGCAGAACUCUGGUUGCCAUGGCUACCGAUAGAAAAAACUUAAAAUAUCUUCUUUUAAAAAACCCAAAGAGGUAGAGCUUAGAUAUUUGGCAUGAAACAUCUUCUAGUGAGUGUCUAUCAAGUUUGUUCAAAUAAAAGCCCUGGGGUCAAAUUGGCCCCGCCCCAGGGGGUCAUUGAUUUUCCCUAUAUGCAUAUAGUAAAAACUUAAAAAAUCUUCUUUUAAAGAACCCAAAGAGCUAGAGCUAAGAUAUUUAGCAUGAAACAUCUUCUAAUGGGUGUCUACCAAGUUUGUUCAAAUAAAAGCCCUGGGGUCAAAAUUGGCCCAGCCCCAGGGGGUCAUUGAUUUUCCCUAUAUGCAUAUAGUAAAAACUUAUAAAAUCUUCUUUUAAAGAACCCAAAGAGCUAGACCUAAGAUAUUUAGCAUGAAACAUCUUUUAAU